CUGCCGCCGCGGCGGACAACCAGGCCGGAGGGGGCUGCGCAGCCCGCUCCCCUCCCCGCCGCGCCUCUCCUCCGGGGACUCACCUCCUCGAUGGCCGCCACCGUGUUCCUGCACUGGGCCAUCCGGGUGGUGAAGUUGGAGGCAAAUAUAUUAAGUAAUUGAUGCAACUGAACAUAAUCAGCAGGCAAGACUGAGAACAGCCCCCCUGUAACACAGAGCAUGGUGCAUCUCCUUUGAGAGGGACACCUUUUCACAUCUGUACUGGUCAACUUUGUAGUGUGCCAACUGUUUGCCUUGCUUGCGGCUGUUUGGUUUCGAACAUACCUUCAUUCAAGCAAAACUAGCCCAUUUAUAAGACAUGUUGUUGCAACCCUCUUGGGCCUUUAUCUUGCACUUUUUUGUUUUGGAUGGUAUGCCUUACAUUUUGUUAUACAAAGUGGCAUUUCCUACUAUAUCAUGAUCAUAAUAGGAGUGGAGAAUAUGCACAAGUAUUGCUUUGUUUUUGCUUUGGGAUACCUCACUGUGUGCCAAAUUACUAGAGUCUAUAUCUUUGAUUACGGACAGUACUCCGCUGAUUUUUCUGGUCCAAUGAUGAUAAUUACACAGAAGAUCACUAGUUUGGCAUUUGAGAUUCAUGAUGGAAUGUUUCGGAAAAAUGAAGAUUUGACUCCAUCUCAGAGGUGCUUGGCUGUAAGACGCAUGCCAAGUCUACUGGAGUAUUUAAGUUACAACUGUAAUUUCAUGGGUAUCCUGGCAGGCCCGUUAUGCUCUUACAAAGACUAUAUUACUUUCAUUGAAGGCAGAUCAUACCAACUGCAACAGUCUGAAGCAAAUGGGAAGGAAGAUACCAAAUAUGAACAAACGGAUCCUUCCCCAAAUAUAGCUGUGGCACAGAAGCUCUUAAUCUGUGGACUGUCCUUACUCUUCCACAUGACAAUUACAGAAACUUUGCCUGUGGAAUACAACAUUGAUGACAACUUCAGAGCUACAGCUUCAUGGCCUGUAAGGUUUUUCUACCUGUACGUGUCUCUUAUGGCUGCCAGACCCAAGUAUUAUUUUGCAUGGACUUUAGCAGAUGCAAUUAAUAAUGCAGCAGGGUUUGGUUUUAGAGGCUAUGAUAAAAAUGGAGUGACACGCUGGGAUCUAAUAUCAAAUCUGAGAAUCCAGCAAAUAGAGUUUUCCACAAGUUUCAAGAUGUUUCUUGAUAACUGGAAUAUCCAAACAGCUCUUUGGCUUAAAAGAGUGUGCUACGAGCGCGCUGCCUUCAGCCCAACGAUCCAGACCUUCAUCCUUUCUGCCAUUUGGCAUGGGGUUUACCCAGGAUAUUACUUAACAUUCUUAACAGGAGUACUAAUGACGCUAGCAGCACGAGCUAUAAGAAACAAUAUCAGACAUUAUUUUGUUGACUCUCCUGCUGUUAAACUAUGUUAUGAUAUUGUAACGUGGAUGGCAACUCAAGUAGCAAUAAGUUACACAGUUGUGCCGUUUGUACUGCUCUCUGUAAAACCUUCUAUCACCUUUUACAGCUCCUGCUAUUUCUGUCUUCAUAUUGCCAGCAUCCUGGUGUUGUUGGUAUUUCCACUGAAAAGAACUCAAAAAGGAAGUAAAAGGCAUGAAAGCGUCCAGCCCAUAUGGUCCAAAAAACUAGAAGAAGAAAAUCUUUUGCAAAAGAACAGUUAUUCCACAACAAAUAAUAGUUUCAGUCAAAAGCAAGAAAUAACCUGCAGAUAUCAAGCAUUGAAACAGUGAUUGAGGAAAUACUAUGAUGAAUAUAUUUUAUAUGUUUUCAGAAACCCAUUUUUAGCACCUUUUAAAGGGGUUUGUAUUUGUUUGCAAAGAUGUUUAGUAAGAAAAGAAUGCAUUACCUACCUAGGAAAAUCACAUACAAUAGCAAGACUGGAAACAAAACAAAUUAACCCCUCCCAUGCCAUGUCCCUGUGGGUCACGCCUUAUAUGAAGAUAUUACCAUUAUUUCAAUGGGCACUCAGGACUUGCAACGUAUGUCCAUAGGGUCAUAUGUGUGCCCUUUGCUGAAUGUACGUUGUAUCCCAAGGCACUGAUGGGGUGGAAUAAAAUUGUGUCAAUCUAGGAUUAACAAAUGGAAAUGGAUUUUUUCCAAAUGAAUGACUUGCCUUAAACCCUCUAUUUACUGAAAUAUUGUUUCUAAGUGGGUAUUUUCAAGUUUGGUUUUAUGUAAAAAGCAUAUUUCAAAUAUAUAAUACUAUAUGCUAUAAAGAAGAUAAAAAUAGGAAAUGCAAAGUCAUUAGAAGGCUUUUGAUCUUCAAAAGGGAAUUGCAAUAAGCAUCUCAGUAUUUGGAGGGUUUUCUUAAAGUAUCUCAAACUAUUACAGUACAUUACAGAACUGUAAACUUUACUGAUGCCAAAUUAUAGUUAGGUUUCUUUGAUAAAGAGUAUAAUUACACAUAGCCCUUCUGAAUCGAUUAACGAAA